AUCGAGCGACGGAUAGAUGCCGAAGCUCGUCCUUUAGCUAGUUGCUCUCGCUAUAUGUCAUUAUGUGGUGGGUUCUAUGGCUUGCCAAUUUGAUUGCAGUUUCGGGGAGCGAUAUAUCUUGCGGGGAUGCUAUCAAUAACUGCCAAAAGGACUUCGCAGGAUGCGGAUUGGCACUCUACAAAAUUUUUAAAAGAACAAAGUGUCUUACCGCGUUAGGUCUCGCUUUUGAAUCGGUCGGGAUCCGAGUAACCAGACCGAUGAAAAAGACUUGUCCACUGAGUUGUGUGAGUGCGAUCAACAACCUAACCGCUACGAAUGCAGGUAAAGCGAUGGAAACAUGUAACUGUCGCAGAGACUCAACGUGUCUAACAUCGAAGGCACGCUUGAAGCGAUGCGUCCUCAGUAGAACUACAAAUUACACUGUCUUUAGUUGCACCCAGGCUAGAAGACGAUGUAAUGACAACAAGGAUUGUAAACGAAUACAAUUUAGCUUUUUGAGGCGAUGUACAAAGCUUAUCUCGGGUUUGGAAUGCACAAAGGAUUGUUUAAACAGCCAAGACGAAUUGCUGAAUUCAGAUCUGGGUAAAGCGCUCAACGAUUGCGAGUGCGACGGGUUUGAGGAGCCGUACUGCCGUGGUAUUCGCGCAAACUACGAGGAACUGUGUGUUGGACCCAGAGGGCCUCGCAAUUCGGACGCCAGUCUUACUCCUCUUCCAACAGAGAAUAUAGUACAGAAAUUAAGAUCUUCUGGACAAACUCGCUCAGCCUUUUCACAGUUUGAGCUUCCUGUAUGGAUUCUGUAUGCUGCAAUCGCGGCAUAUGUAUACAUGUUUUACAAUCUAUAGCCGUAUUGUUUACUUAUAAACCAGACUUUGGACAGAUCCUGUUCGAUAGGAAAUUGGAAAAUUUGUGCGCCAGCUUUCAUUGCUUCAUUCGCGUUGUUUUUAUAAGUGUUGUAGCCGCUCCAAAUGUUAUCCAGUUGUGCCAUGCGUUUUCAAUCGCCGUCCACAGCACUGUACAUCGCAUGCAUGCUGACAAAAAAAAUCCUUUCGGAAGAAUUGUACAAAGCUUUCCAUCCUGUCCAAAUAUUUUUUGGAUUAUUGCUAGGGUUGUUGAUAAUUUUAAAGUUGAAUCGAGCUCAUCAAGUGUUUAUAUAACAUUUUGGAAUUUGGGUUUUAUUUUGGUUGAGUUCACUGUCAGGCCUCCCGGCGUAACGCUCGACAUACGCGGCGUUAUUAGAAGAAAGAGAUUCGAUUAGCGGAGCGAUUUGAGUUCAUCUUACUUAAGGACGUUUGAACGAGAUAGCAUCAAUUGCCAGUCAAUUGUGGUCAAUGUGUUCUUUGCGUAAUCUUUACACGACAACUGUUUGACAAACUCGGUUUGUUGUGAUCUGUUUUCUUUUGGACGUAAAUUGUACGCUCUAAGCAAAACAUUAAAGAAUGCUUGAAAUAGCGCCUUUAUUGUUAUAAUCUUGAGGUCGUCGGGGCAUUCUAUGCUGUGAGUAAGGUCAUUUUAGAUAGGCAUUUAUGUCGGCUAAUCGAGCGCUAGAGAGUUUCAUAUCGUGGAUUAGCAAGCGAUUAUACCAGGAGAUAUUUCCAUGUAUUUACUCACCGUUUUUCACGGUUUUGUGCAGAAAAAAUCUCUUUCAAGUGACGAAGCAUUCUCCCGUUGCAUCGAUCAGAAUAACUUGAAUUGUUCCGAGGGCAAAAGAAAUUCAGCAACGACCCUGAGUUGAAUGAAUUCAAAUGAAAAUGUAUUUCGAGGUAUUUAAUGUUAGAAUGAAUGUAUUAAAAUAAAUCUCCUAUAUGAA